CUCCAACGGUACAAUAAAUCAUUUGAGAAUAGAUAUCAGCUGGAGCCCUUCAAUUCAAACUUUGCCAAGAACAAAAUCGAAAAUAAUUUUGGCUUGGCUUCUCCAUUAUUAAUGAAGACCAUUGGCUGCUGGGAAUUGCACAUGCAGAUUACGCGGUUUUGAGGAGUCAUCUAAGUUGACCUUCUAGAAUCACAAUCAUAUCCCCUUCUAUAUAUGAUCUAAAACUCAGUAUCUCUUCAUAAUCCACUUGCCCUUCUGAAACCAUGGCUUCUUGUAGGCUCUGCAACUCUCUCUGUUCCAUCCCCCUCUUUCCCCUUCUUCUAGUACUCCUUUUCUCCUCCUCUUCAUCUCUGGCUAAUGAAUCAUCAACCUCAACACCACUUGCCUCUCGAGAUUCAAUUUGUAAAUCAACCCCUUAUCCUUACUACUGUAGAUCAGUGCUCCCAUCCAAUGAUUCAUCCAAUGUAUAUGACUAUAGUCGGUUCUCUGUAAGCAAGUCUCUGUCUUCAGCAAGGAAGUUCUUGCGUUUGGUGAACAAGUAUCUUAAAGAGAAGAACUUGUCAAUAAUGGCUGUUCGAGCCCUUGAAGAUUGCAGGCUCUUAGCAGAGCUGAACAUCGAUUUCUUGUUGAACACCUCGGAAACCGUCAAUUCCACACGGAUCCUCCCUACCUUGCAAGCCCAAGAUGUGCAGACCUUGCUUAGUGCCAUUCUAACUAACCAGCAAACUUGCUUAGAUGGACUUCAAGCCACAGCCUCUUCUUGGAGUGUCAAGAAUGGUCUCUACUCCCCUCUUUCCAAUACAACCAAGCUCUACAGUGUUUCUUUAGCACUCUUCACCAAAAGUUGGGUUCAUAAGAAGAACAAAACACAUCCAGGAAGGGAGCUCAUGUUCUCUGGCACUGAAAUCGAUCGAGAUGGUCAAUUGGCUUUGAGAAUGUCAAGCCACCACCGCCGGUUGUUUGAGUCAUUCAGUGGAAGAAAACUAGCUGAGACAACCCAGAACAAUGUACUAGUUAGAGACAUUGUUGUGGUGAGCCCAGAUGGGAGUGGAAAUUUCACUACCAUCAACGAUGCUCUCUCUUCAGCUCCUAACAAUACCAACAUCACAGAUGGCUAUUUCAUGAUUUAUAUAGUCUCAGGAAUCUAUUCUGAGUAUGUAACGGUCGGAAAAGACAAAAUGAAUAUUUUGAUGACUGGAGAUGGUAUAAGGAAGACAGUGAUCACAGGCAACAGAAGCGUUGCAGACAAUUUCACUACAUUCAAUUCUGCAACUUUCAUUGUUCUUGGGCAAGGAUUCGUAGCAAUUAAUAUGACAUUCCGGAACACAGCAGGGCCAAUGAAGUAUCAAGCAGUUGCAGUUCGAAAUGGAGCAGACUUGUCUGCUUUCUAUAGUUGCAGCUUUGAAGCUUACCAGGAUACCUUAUAUGCACAUUCUCUCAGGCAAUUUUACAGGAAAUGUGAUAUCUAUGGGACUGUAGAUUUCAUAUUUGGUAAUGCAGCUGUGGUUUUCCAAAACUGUGAUAUAUAUGCAAGACUUCCUCUGCCACAGCAAUAUAAUACUGUUACUGCCCAAGGUAGAACAGAUCCAAACCAGAAUACUGGGACUACCCUUCAAGGAUGUAAGAUCAGAUCAACUAUUCAAUUGGCUUCUAGCAAUCUAACAACUAAGACAUACUUGGGAAGACCAUGGAGGCCAUAUUCCAGGACUGUUAUUAUGCAAUCCUACAUUGAUAGCUUGGUAGAUCCUGCUGGUUGGAUUGAUUGGGGUAAUACCACAGUGCUUAGUAGUCUAUAUUAUGCUGAGUUCAACAAUACAGGACCUGGAUCAAUCACCACAAACAGAGUUCAAUGGCCUGGUUUCUAUUUGAUCAAUUCUACAGAUGCUUCCAACUUCACUGUCUCAAAUUUUUUGUUAGGGGAUUCCUGGUUACCUGCAACUGGAGUGCCUUACAAUGGUGGGUUUUUAUCAAAAUUGCCUUCCCUUUCAUAAUUUUUGUUGAAAUAUUUUUUUAUUUAAUUAUUUGAUUAAAUAAAUGUAAUUUCUCAAUCCUCAAUGCUCAAGCCCGAGGAAAUGUAAUUGUGUUUUUUUUUUUUUGAAAGUUUCUAUAAAUUCUUCAGGUUUUAGUGGUCAA